AUGGCAGACGUAGAAGAGCAGUACAAGCUUUCGCAGGAUCAAAUUGAUUUCUUUAUGGAAAAUGGCUGGCUCAAGUUGAGCAACUGCUUCACGCGAGAACAGGCCGAUAAACUGCAAGAAACCCUUUGGACGAGGCUAGGCAUGGAUCCAAACGACAUGUCAACAUGGCACACCGAACGCACAAACAUGCCCUUCUUCCACGAAUUCCCCGUCUCCACCUUCGCCCCGAAAGCCUGGGCCGGCAUCUGCAACCUCCUCGGCGGCUCUGCGCGCGUCGACUCCAACGCCUCCACCUGGAAAGACGGCUUCAUCGUCAAUCUCGGCACACCUUCCGGCCACAACUCCGUCGUGCGCCCCCAAGACCUGCCGCAAUGGCACGUCGACGGCGACUUCUUCGUGCACUACCUCGACAGCCCGGAACAAGCUCUCCUCGUCAUCCCCUUGUGGACGGACAUCGUGCCCGGUGGCGGCGGCACGUAUAUCUGUCCCGCCGCCAUCCCGCACGUAGCGCGGCAUUUGUACGAGAACCCAGAGGGCGUGAGUCCGCGCAUGACGCCUCGGGAGCAGAAUCCCGACUUCGUCGAGGAAAAAGGGUUGCAGUGGUUUAACAAUCUCGCUGCUAGCAUGCCGGAUGAUGCGUUUGUAGAAGCUACGGGCGUGGUCGGCGAUGUGUACCUGUUGCAUCCGCUUAUGCUGCAUGCGGCGUCCAACAACCAGCUGCGGAACGUGAGGGUUAUUACCAAUCCGCCGGUUAGCGUUAAAGAGCCGUUUGUGUUUGAUCGCCCCGAUGGAGAUUAUAGUGUGGUUGAGAGGAAGACGAUGAAGGCGUUGGGCAAGGAGCGGCUCGAGGGGUUCAAGAUUACGGGGCCGAGACAGAUGGUUGUGCCGGAGAGAGUGCGGAUUCAGGAGGAGAUGAAGAAGAAGGAGGAGGAGAGGUUGAGGAAGUUGAAGGAGAGUGCGGGGUUGGAUGGGGGGAAGGAGGAGGUGAAACAGGUUGCUACUGCGGCUUAA